UGCGCGCUUUGCUGGAUCUUUUGGAGAUCACUCAGUGAGGGAGUAAGGGAGCCGACCUCCAAUGCUCACAGUUAUCAUUAGCUUAUAUUUAAUAUUUCAUCUUUUUAACACCAAUUCGGCGCUAUUGUUAUUUUUUUUACACCAGUUAAUGUCGUAAAUGCCAGUGCAUUUCUGGCUCUUCUGCUUUAGAAGACUAACGCACGCAAUUAAGCUGGUAUCUGAAACAAGGUGGCUCCUCUGUUUGGAGAAGAUAGGUAGCGGAAAAAAAGCAAGAACAGAAAGAAGGACGAGGUUAAGGACAUAACCAUGCGACAUGAGUAACAUCAGUGAUGGAGCUGGAGGGCUUCUGCCCUUCUGGAACUUCAAGGGAUCCCCACUCAACCAGUCCAGUGACCUGUUUGUCAACGCCUCGUGCAAUGUAUCCACAAAUGACUCAACUUCCUGCUCGGCGGUGGAGGACGGCGUGGGAGCCCCGAGUCGGUACAAGGCGGUCGAGAUGUUUUUUAUAGCCCUGGUCACUGGAUCGCUGAGCCUUGUGACAGUAACCGGGAACAUUUUGGUCAUGCUGUCCAUCAAAGUCAAUCGCCACUUACAAACUGUCAACAACUACUUCCUGUUCUCGUUGGCCUGCGCUGACCUGAUCAUCGGCGUGUUCAGUAUGAAUCUGUACACCGUCUACAUCAUCGUUGGAUCCUGGCCUCUUGGACCCGUGAUCUGUGACCUGUGGCUGGCUUUGGACUAUGUGGUCUCCAACGCGUCAGUGAUGAACUUGUUGAUUAUUAGUUUCGAUCGCUACUUCUGUGUCACCAAGCCCCUCACGUACCCCGCAAGAAGGACCACAAAGUUGGCGGGGUUGAUGAUUGCGGCAGCGUGGAUCUUAUCCUUCAUUCUUUGGGCCCCCGCCAUCUUGUUUUGGCAGUUCAUAGUUGGACAGCGAACAGUGCCACCCGGAGAGUGCUACAUUCAGUUCCUGUCAAACCCGGCGGUGACGUUUGGCACAGCGAUUGCUGCCUUCUAUCUCCCCGUCAUUAUCAUGACAGUCCUGUACAUCCACAUCUCCCUGGCAUCCAGGAGCAGGGUCUCCAAACAUAAGCUGGACAAGAAGGAGAAGAAAGGAGGCCCAAAAACGACAAGCAUAAUUAAGAGCCACAUGCUAAAGCAAAACAACAACGAAACCAGUCCUCAGACCAGUCCCCGUCUGACUCCUAAGCUCAGCUUGGACUCCACAACCGUUGCAGACGAGGCCUUGAAGAAUGGAAGAGUGGAUGCAUCGAAACCAGAUGGACCACAACCAAGUCCGGGCCUCCCAACACAGGAGGAAAAGGAAAGCUCCAACGAUUCGUCCACAGCAUUCAUCCAUCCAACAGAACCAAAAGCUAGCAAUGAAGUCAUACCUCAGAAUCCAAUCACGUCUACCCGAGUGAGCACAAGCGUCUCAAAUCCUUCCGUGUCCAAGAACAACUCCACCUCGAGGUGGUCCAAGAUAAAGAUCGUGACCAAGCAGGCUGGUGAUGAAUGCAUAACAGCGAUCGAGAUCGUCCCCCCCUUGGAGGGGGCGGAGAGGCAUUCCAUCCCCAUCAGCCGUCCCAGGACGGUUGCAAGAAAGUUUGCAAGCAUUGCUCGGAGCCAAGUGAAGCGUAAAAGACAGAUGGCCGCCAGAGAAAAGAAAGUGACCAAGACCAUCUUUGCCAUCUUGCUGGCUUUCAUCAUCACAUGGACUCCCUAUAAUGUCAUGGUGCUGAUCUCCACCUUCUGCCAGUCGUGCGUUCCUGACACGGUGUGGGCCAUCGGCUACUGGCUGUGCUACGUCAACUCCACCAUCAAUCCGGCUUGUUACGCCUUGUGCAACGCCACAUUCAAAAAGACUUUCAAGAACUUGCUGCUGUGCCAGUACAAGAACAUCGGUACCAGAUGAAAGGGGACAGAACGUGAUGGAUGGAGGGAUUGGAUCUGGACAGAUUGGGGAUUAUGUAAACUGGAUGGAAUAUUGAAAGUGUUGAAUUAUUAGUCUAUGAAAGAACAGACUGUACAGAUGAUGGAUGAAUGAUAACAUUGAAAGAGUGGAUGACAGACAUUGGAUGGAUUCUAGUGGAUGAAUGGAUGGGAAGAUCUUAAAUAGAUAAUCUAACUACCUAUUAUUUUUAUAAAGAUGUCAAUCUACUGUCAGAGACUAGGAACCUUUUUUUUUUUUUUUCUUUUUCUGGGUUUUUAGUUGAUUUUCUGUCUCUACCCUAAAAAUAUCAACUGUUCAUGUAAGAGGCUAAACUAAAAUGGGGACCUAUUAUGCUUUUUCUAAUUUUCUGACCUAUAAACGUUGUUGGAAUGUUGUAUUCUCGUGUUAAAUUAUACCAAAGUAUCAGAUAAGGAGGUUUGCGCAUUUGGAAGUGAAGUUUGGGAUGGCGCUGAACACUCGGUUUCAGACUUCUUUUCUAACACUCUCCGUUUGUGACAUCACAGAGAGCCGGUCUUCCUUAUAUGGGCAUGCGCUGUAGGCCAGAGAUGCUCUAGGUUUGACCUUCGCUCUGUUUACGGUUGUUUUGCUAUGGCUUCCAGGAAAUCUUUCUACGAGGCAAGCUAAGGCUAAAGUGGUUGGAGUCGGUGAUUCCCAGCGAGAGAAAUAUAUUUUCGGCAUUUCACAGGAAGCAGUUCUUCAGAACAUUAAUGUCGGUCAAAAUAUACCUGGACUCUGUAAACACCGACCUACGUUAGCACUAUUUCAGUUCAUACACAGGAAGUCGGGGGUCUCCAGCCAGUAGCUCCUAACCACUUUUCAAGUAGCUCCCUGAAGGCUUUAUUCAUUUAUUAUAAACUCCUACAUACACCCACUAAAUUAGAAAGUGUGGGUUUCGGCAGUAGUCCGGAAGUACUUGGGAAUGUAACCAAUUACAGUGGAGUCGACAUGCUCCGAGGCGGUCCGUAGGUGGAAUGAAUUAAAACAGUCAAAUCCAAAGAAAUACAUCUGGAAUAGGUGGAGAUUCAGGAAGAUCUAGAAAGUUUUCUGUGCGGGGUAUUGUGUGUAGCUGCUCUAUAGGAGUCACAACUCAAUGCAAAGAAAAAAAAUGAGCAUAAUAGGUCCCCCUUUUAAAAAGCGGAUGAAAUAAUGAGUUCCUCCACUGUAUAUACUGUAGUUAUAUAAGAGUUACUGUACGUAUGAAAUUGCUAACUUAGCUUUUCCAACAUGUAUACUGCACACAUUUUGCACAUCCUCCACUGUAUCAAGAAUUAAACAUGAAUUCCCAUGAAUAUAGCAUAUAGCAUGUGGUAAUAUGGACAUAGCCAUUAACCAUUGUUGAUAAUAGAACAUUCCUGUCUACAGAUAUCACCUCAACAGAAUACAAGCAUAACCGAUAUAGAUAUAUAGUAUAUAGAUAUACAUUUACAGCCACGGAUGGUGAAAAAUAAUGAGCAUCAAGUGGAAAUGAGCUUUUCAUUGAAACACUUUUGUACUCUACUUAGUGGAAACACUAAGUAGAAAAACCAGCUAGCACAAGGCAACAAUAUUCCAUUUACAUAACAUGACCAAAAAUGAUCUCACUAUGCAGCUGUUUUUAUAGGCGGAGAGUGACCUGGGAGUGACCAGGAUGGAUAGGAUCAGGAAGGAGUACAUCAGAGGGACAUAAAAAAUGUCCGAGAUGCCAGACUGAGAUGGUUGGGACGUCCAGAGGAGAGAUAUUGAAUAUAUGAAUAUUGAAUAUAUGAAGAUAUUAAUAUUUUGGUAGAAGGAUGGUGCGUUAAUCAGCGAAUCCUCAAUAGAUGCUUUGUGCUAGCCGUUUUUCAAUAUGUGGAACACACAGAAAAGGGAAUGAUGUAUGUUCGUGACUCACGUAAGGAUUGUGGAUGAUGGACAAAAUUCCGAAAUGUGCAGUUUUCCUUAGCAUUGGGAUCUGUGGCCAUUCAAGCUGAAGAAAGUGAAAAAUGUGAGAUAAUAUCAUCAUCUUUGUUGUUGUUAUUGACUGGAAAGGACAUACGUGGCAAGAUGUCUGCUGUUGGUUCUAGACUUGCUGCUUUCUUGACUAGGCUUCUGGAACACAAUCAGGAUCAGAACUGGUUUUUGUUCAGCUAUCAAGAGGUGGACUUGUUGGGAGUGUGCAAAAUAACGCCAGACCAUCACACUACCACCACCAUAUUUUACUGUUGCUAUGAUGUUCUUACUUUUACGAAAUUUUACAAAAAAUGGCCGGAUGUUUGCCUUCAGGAUUUUUUUGGUAUACAGCAGAAUCCAUGGUUCCAUUUAUCACAGCAAGGCAGCAAAAUAACGCCAGACCAUCACACUACCACCACCAUAUUUUACUGUUACGAAAUUCAACCUGAAGAAAGUGAAAAAUGUGAGAUAAUAUGGAUUUUUAUGGAUGCCAGCCAAGGUUUAUUGCAUCUUAUUGUCCAUGUUUCUCAACUUCAUUAGAGAAUCCCUCUCUAAAUGUUUUGGAAUUUUCCUGCUUUUGGAAUCUCCCACAUCCUGUAGGUUGGUAGCUGCACCCCAACAGGACAAUAGUUGGACCCCCAUAGUAGCCGCUUGUAUUUUUUUCCAUUUUCAAACCACCAAAGGUUUUUUUUUUUGUGGGUGAAUCAUAAAGUCUGAAUGUAUUUGUCACAAAUACAAUUGGUGUGUGUGGAAAAAAAUAAUUCCAAGUUACGAUUUUGAUUUGAAAGGUGUAUUUUAUAUGUGUAUUAUUUAGAACAAAUGGAAAUGGAAAUAUACAAUGUAUAUUUGUUUUAUUCUGGAAAUGUACAUACUAUAUGGAAUGUAUAUUAUUUGUAUUUAAAAUCCGAAUUAGACAGAGUUGGGUUCCCAAAAGCUAAAUAUUCUCUUUUAAAGGGUAAAUCAACCACUAAACGAACAGUAAUGUUUUAUUGUUGUUCCAGGGCCCAUUCCACGGGUAUGGAGUAUAACUGAGUAUACUGUAAAGUGCGCUCGGUUCUUUUAGAUUUUGCUUAGAUUUUAGAUUUUGAACAAAAAAAAAAAUUAUUUUUCAUAAUGACAAGUUUAAACUGAAUAUAAAUAUUUUUUUUGGGGGCCAAAUAAGACGAAUUACAAUCAUGGCGUUAUACGUCAUGUCGACGUUGCGCUUGCCUAUGCAUUCAGUGCUAACUAACGUGAGUAGCUAAACUUUGUCGUUAGCAUUGACGUAGCUCACACCAAACAUAUUCAGUUCAUUUGAGUUGAAAUGAGCUAAGUUGCGCUCACAAGAAAGCUUUAAAGAAACAUUUGUUAAACAAGCUAGCUUGCUAGCUUACAAAGCUCAAUAAUUGAUCAUAAGUUGAUUUACUUUUUAAAACCCUUUUUCGCAGCUUUUGGGAAAACAACUUUUGUUUGUAAUGUUUUUUUUGUUCCAUUUGUACUGUUUUCUUUUGUAAAAUAUAUUUUCCAAAAUACAUAUUGUAUGUUGUAAAUACAAAAUAUGUGGUCAAAUUAUAAGUAUGUACAAGAUCUUCAUUUUACAAUAAUAAUAAACACCCUCUAUUGCACAACUCGAUGCUGCGUUUUAUCUUCCCUUUAAAGUCAUCAGCAUGCUGUAACCAUGGUGACGCAAAUAUAAGCUACACUACACUGGAUCUCUUCCAGCUAGGAGGCAAACUGAAGUCACAACAAUGUUUAUAUGUGUUGUUUCGAAUAUUUCCACC